CUAAACAAUGCUGACAUCAAACUUUAAAACUGCAAUAUCAUUUUAUUGCAUUCACGUCUUUUUUGGAUAUGCCCUCACUGAAGAUUAUGAAAUACCUACAAUUGCAAGAUAUUUUGGUCCUAAAGGAAGGUAUGAAGAAGUCAAUCCCUAUUUACUGAGAGAUGCACUCGCUAUAAACAAAUCUAUGCUUCAUCCUCCGAGCUCUCAAUGUCGAGAAUUGCAUAUGACUGCAAUUAUAAGACAUGGAACCAGAUAUCCAACUACUAAGAAUAUUAAGGAGAUGCAUGGUCUUUACAACUUCAUCGUUAGCAACACCUCCAGUGAGAAGAGCAGGUUGCUAGAACAGUGGACCAUGUGGUACACAGAGGACAUGGACGGCAGGCUGGUGGAGAAAGGAGAGGAAGAACUGAAGCAUUUGGCCGUGAGACUGUCCAGACUUUUUCCCAAACUCUUAUCAGAGGAGAAGCUCAGAGGAGGACUCAUCAAGUUCAUCACCAGCUCCAAGCAUAGGUGUGUCAACAGCACCCUGGCCUUCAAGAGGGGACUGACUGAGCUCUGGGACAUCAAAGAUAUGGACUUUGAGCAUGAAGUAAACAAUGCCCUCAUGAGGUUUUUUGACCACUGUCCCAGGUUUGUACAGGAUGUGGAGAAGAACUCUACAGCUGUAGUGGAGCUGGAAAUGUUCAAGAACGGAGCAGAGAUGAGCAGAGUUCUGGAGAAAAUAGAAGACAAACUCAAUGUUACACACAGACGUAUAACUUAUGAUAUGGCUGAAGCUGCUUUUUUCUUAUGCGCUUAUGAGUUUGCCAUCAACAACAAGAACUCUCCCUGGUGUCAGCUCUUUGACGAGGAGGAUGCCAAGGUGAUGGAGUAUGUCAGUGAUUUGAGAGAAUACUGGAAAAGAGGCUACGGUCAUGACAUCAACUUUAAAUCCAGCUGUAUUUUGUUCCAUGACUUGUUCGAGCGACUGGAAAAGGCCACAACUCAGAUACUGUCUGGUGAGCCUGUGACUAAUACUGCCACCAUCCAAAUUGGUCAUGCAGAUACCCUCCUUCCGCUGCUCACACUCAUGGGCUUUUUUAAGGACAGUGAACCUCUCAAAUCUGAAAACUAUGCUCCUCAAACAAAACGUUCUUUCCGCACUAGCCACAUGCUACCGUACGCUGCUAACCUGGUCCUGGUGCUGUACGACUGUGGAGAAGGGGAGCUCAGACUGCAGCCGCUGCUCAAUGAAAAGACUGUGGUGUUUCCAGGUUUGAGUGACACCCAGAGCUCAAUGCCUCUGUAUGCAGAUGUGAAGGAGAGAUACAAGGAGCUGCUGCAGGGGUGUGACUUUGAGACAGAGUGUCAGCUUUUCCCAAGUUAACAUGAAGACUGUUAACAUGUGAUAAAGUAUUACUUCACAGUCAGUACAUUCAAUAAUAGAACAAGUUCAUACUGUUGUUUAAACUCAAAAUUUAAUUCUAACUAUAAUAGGCCUAGCUAUGCUUAAAGGUCCUAUAUUAUACAAAACCGACUCUUGUGAGCUUUAAGUCAUGUUAUAAUGUUGUUACCACCUCAAAAGCUUUCCUGGAGCUGUGUUUUGUUUCAUUCACACAUUGUUUGUGUAAUCCUUUAUUAUAAGUCUGUCGACAUUUCCAAAGCUGAAAAUGCUCUGUUCUACUUUGUGAUGUCAUAGUGGCAGUUUUCAGUUUAACAGCUACCUCUCACUUUUUGUUGGGGAAAGAUGGGCAGUUCCAGGGCUGACAUCGUCCAAAUGAUUCUAAUGCAGGUGUAUGUAGUUUAAAAACACAGUGGAGCCCUUCCAUAACAUCACAAGGUGGAACAGGGUGUUUUUAAUUUGAGGUAAGAACUCAGCCUAAAUAUGCAGGGUUUGUGUGUUGAACAUGUGUGCAUGAAAUAAAA